GUGUCUGCUCUCGACUGAUGCUCCAUUUUUUCCUGGUGCAAAAACAACAUGGACUCAAACUUUACAAUUUAUAGAAAAAAACACUUAUCAACCCAUACCUGUAUACAGAGUUAUGGAUCGCCAAGGAAACAUAAUAAGUAAAGAUGAGGACCCGAAACUAUCAGACAAAGUUAUUAUAAAAAUGUACAAAGAAAUGACUUUAUUAAAUGUUCUGGACAAAAUAUUGUAUGAAUCUCAGAGGCAAGGAAGAAUAUCAUUUUAUAUGACAAAUUACGGAGAAGAGGCUACACACAUAGGAAGUGCAGCUGCAUUAAAUAAUAAUGAUAUAGUAUACGGCCAAUACAGAGAAGCUGGAGUACUUUUGUGGAGGGGUUUCACUUUACAGGAAUUAAUUGACCAAUGUUAUGGAAAUAAAGACGAUACUGGUAAAGGAAAGCAAAUGCCUAUCCACUAUGGCAGUAAAAAACUAAAUUUUGUAACAAUUUCAAGUCCACUUGGCACACAAAUACCGCAAGCAGUAGGUUCAGCCUUCGCCUUGAAAGGAAUGCACAAAGUUGUCAUAUGUUAUUUUGGUGAUGGUGCAGCUUCUGAAGGAGAUGCCCAUGCAGCUUUUAACUUUGCUGCCACUUUAGAAUGCCCCACAAUUUUUUUCUGUAGGAAUAAUGGAUAUGCUAUAUCAACUCCAGUAGACGAACAAUACAGGGGUGAUGGAAUAGCUGCAAGAGGACCGUCUUACGGAAUGCAUACACUCAGAGUUGAUGGAAAUGAUGUUUUUGCGGUAUAUAACGCAACUAAAAAAGCAAAGGAAUAUGCAGUUAAUGAAAAUAAACCUGUACUUAUAGAAGCCCUGACUUAUAGAGUUGGAGACCAUUCAACAUCUGACGAUAGUUCAGCGUAUAGGUCUCCUGAAGAAGUAACGUUAUGGGCAACAAAUGAUUAUCCUACAAAUAAGCUGAGGUACUAUAUGGAAACUAAAGGAAUAUGGAAUGAAGAAUUAGAAGAAAGAUGGUUACAACAAGCCAGAAAGGACAUUCUAGCAGCAUUUAAUGCUGGCGAGAAAAAACUUAAGCCAAAAUGGACUGAAAUGUUUGAAGAAGUUUAUAAAUAUAUGCCAACAAAUAUAAAGAAACAACAAUAUGAAAUGGUGGAACACGUUAAAAAAUAUAAAGAACAUUACCCUGUUGAAAAAUUUGAAACAUAAAUUAGAAAAAUUAUAAUUUUAUAUUAUUUUGUUAAUUCAGAAUUAUGUUUUUAGAACUUAUAAUUAAUGAAUUGUGGGCAACAAUUAAAAUAAAUAUAGAUCUUUUUUAAUUUUUA